ACAAUAACUAUAAAAACAAUGUACACUGAAACUGUAAUUAUUAGUUAUUUUACGAACAUUAAACGACAAAAUACAUUAAUCGGUUUAAAAAUUUUAUUGAAAUUAAAAAAAAUGAAAUUAACAUUAAUAUUUUUAGUAAUUUGUGCUCUGGGUUUCAGUCAGGCUCAACUUAAUUUGGGUUUAAAUUUAGGUCCAAAAGCUGGUUUUGCUGGUUUAUCACCCGGACAAUUCUUUCAAAAUAUUGUAUUACAAUCGGAAGCUGAGAAGCUUCUAGUUAAUCCUGAUUUACCCGAUGACUUGAGACAACGUGUUUUAGAUUCUAUGGCCAAUGCUGAACAAGGUUUUAAUAAUUGCUCGACUGCUGUUACAUUACCCUGGAUGCAAAUACGUUGUUCCGCUUUACAAUUACAACGUUCAAAAAAUGAAUUAAAAGCUAUUGAAAAUGAGGCAACUGCUAGAACCCAGGCUGCAAAUGCAGCUCCAGUAGAGACAGGCACUGCAAUAAUAUAAUCAUUUAAUAUUUUCACCGCACUUUAAACAUAUUUACAUACAUAUCUAUAUGAAUAUAUACUAAUAUUAAACUUUGAACACGCCAAUCUUUAAACGUUUUUUAUCUUAUUAAAUUAAGAAAUUAUUAUUAAUAAAAAUUUUCAAAAUUUAUAUGUAGUA